CGUGGCAUGGAUGGGUAAACCAAGCAAUGCAAUGCAGGAUGGCCACGGUAUUGAAAGUGGGCGCUUUGGCCGGACAUGGACAUGGGGGCAAUGCAGAGUCCAGGCCUUGGCAGCGUGGGUAACGCGGGAAAGGACGAAAUAGGAAGACGUUGCAGUCGGCUUUUCGGCGAAAUCAGGUGCAACCGGGACUGUUUUCCAUAUGGGAGCAGAAUAGGAUUGUUGUGGAAUGGUUCUCUCCUCAUGAGUGAGGUGGAGUGGUGCUCUUCUACUUUUUUCUUGUCGUCCUCCCCGUCCUCUUCCUCGUCUUCCCCUUGUGGUUCGUCCUAUUCGAUGUGAUGAUGACUCAUUACUGAAGUUCUUGGUAGUCUUUGGUGCCUACCGGGUAAAUGACCGGGCGCGAAGACCAUCCACAUCUCUUUUUGUCUGGGCUUUGGGGGAACAACAUUGCGUGGAGUGAUCUUAUUCUUCUUCCUCUUUCUCCUCCUCGUUGCUUUUUCAUCAUCAUCAUCUUCUUCUUCUUCUUAUCAUCGCGUUAUCUUCCUCCUUCUCCUCCUCUUUGUUCUUUAUCCUCUUCUUCUUCUUCUUCUCCUCGUUGCUUUUUCAUCUUCUUCUUCUUCUCCUCGUUGCUUUUUUAUCUUCUUCUUCUUCUCCUCGUUGCUUUUUCAUCAUCUUCUUCUUCUUCUUAUCAUCGCGUUAUCUGCCUCCUCCUCCUCCUCUUUGUUCUUUAUCCUCUUCUUCUUCUUCUUCUCCUCGUCGCAGACGAAUCACUAUCGAUGAUAAUGAUGCCGCUGCGUGGGGACCAAUUGUCUUCUGUCUGUGAGAGCUUACACACAUCUCGUUUUCUUUGCUACCUGUUUGAUUGAUAGGACAUUGACCCCGCCAGCUCUCAUCCUUCCUCUUGCUUUGACGACAACGAAAGCCGAGAUGGCAGUCGUGAGCUCUGUUAAUGGUGUAAUCCACGCCUCUUCCUCUUCGUCUUCCUCCUUCUCCUCAUCCUCUCUGUCGUCCUCCGCUAUGACCCCCGGUUUGCCUUCUUCGCUCGGCACUACCGGUAGGGUCGGAGGGGAAGAGACCUCAAGCUCAUCAGUACCUCCCGUUGAAUCACUCGAUCUCGACCGUUGGGGGUUUGAGCGAUGGAUGGUCGGGAUGUGUGCCGUUCGAUUUGAUCUGGAGCAGGGCCAGGUGGUGGAAGAACGGUUCCCAGAAGGCGUGAUGUCAGCCGAAGAGGAGUCGGACAUAGCUUUCUCCGCUUUUCCCGACUCCAUGUCCACUUCACGCAAUCGUGCCAGCAUUUACGACAGCGUCUUCUUCUUUCGGAUCCGACGGCGAGGGCGUCGUCCUGCCCUCGCCUUUUCCUCGUCUGGAGUCUCAUCAACGCUCCCAGGGUCGGAGUCUCCUCCGCCAACUGAUUUGUCUUCAGCAGGGCCAUCUCCGGUACCCGACUGCAGUGUACACGUGUCCUCUGGAGAAGCGCAGCAGGGCGCAGGUCGUAGUGACGACCCACUCUCGGCAGCCUUCGUCGGGACUGGUGAUAUGACGUGUGCCUCAGAUCGGGACAAGAUGGUCGGUCUCCCCCGUGCGCGAGAAGACGGUCCUGCGGCGGCGCUGCCGACGGUGAGGUCAUCACCGCCGGCCUCGUCGGCGGGUGGAAAGAUCCUGUCUGAGAUGUCAGAAGUGAGGACUGCCUGGGUACGUAAUGUGGAAGUAGAAGGGGAAUUCCUUGCAGUUGACCAUUCUGAUGAUGGCGACGGGUCGGUGUUAGGUGCAGACGGUGAGGAUGCUGCCGCCGGCGCGAGCUCGGAAGCGAUCGACGGCAGCUGGAGUCCGUCGUCAUUCGAGGCAAGUCGUUUGUCAGAGACAGACUGUCUUCCAGGGCCGCUUUUAUCCCCCCCUCCGUCGGGGACAGGGAGGGGUUCUGGCGAUGACUCGCUCUCUAGUGGAGGGGAGACGGAGGACGAAAUGGGCGACAUGGUGGGCGGCGAUGGCGGGAGCGCUGAAGUUGAAAAUCCCCCUCCCUCAGGCAGAUCUCUCUCCUUCUCAUCCUUGAUGUCGGAUCCGACGACGCAUCCGUCGUUGCCAACGGACCGGAUUGCCGCGUUACUGGACAGGAGUCUCAGCCUGGAUGACGAUGGCCGACGCGCGUCGUCGUACGUUCCCGCCACGACGUCAUCUCUUCUCGCCGGCCAGGUGUCCCUCUCGGAGGAGAAUGAAGAGCGGCGUAUGGGGCGAGAGGAGAAGCGGUUAGGGGAAGAGGGUGGGGAUGGGGAAGCGGAGGCAUCAACCUUCCGCGCAGGAGCGGGUGAUGCCCAGCGGACUUGCGAGGAGAAUAGCUGGAGCAUCAGAGGACGGCAGCGGUCUUCCGAUUGUGCUUGUUCGUCUUCUUGUAGCAGCAACAGCAGCAGCAUUUCUACUUCCAAAACCCUCAAUGGCGUGAUUUCCUCCGAGACCGCUUCGUCUCUUUGGAAAGCAGGGGCGUCAGGGGGAGGAGGAGGAGGAGGAGGAGGAGGAGGAGGAGGAGGAGGAGGAGGACGAUGUGGAGAGUCAAGGUAUUUGUAUGGGUUCGUGUUUAAUCGCCAGAGGCAUGACGAGAGGCUUCGGAGAGGGGGGGAGCAGAAAUCUGUUAUCGUGCUCUCUGAGCGGCCUUAUUCUUCCGUGUUUAAAGCUCUUGUACAGGUGCUAGGGCCUCUCUAUUUUGACGUCGGAGCCGUUGCAUUUCAGCGAGUCGCGUUGUGCGUCGCGUCUUGGCCACCCCCUCAGCAUGGAACGUCGAUGGAACUCCAGGCUUCAGGAUUCACAUUCAAAGUGCAUUUGCCCUUGGCGCACACCAUGCCUCCUGGCUGCGGCGGCUUGAACGAUACGUUUACAUCGGCUAUGGCGCCAGCAUCCCUGGGGAAGAUCAUUCCCCAGGGAGUCUUCUUCGACGCUGACCUCUUCGGUACGUGCAAAGGGUUGUUGCUUCAGUUAUGGGUGUUGUGGGAGCUCCUCUUGCUCGGAGAGCCGCUCUUGGUGAUGGCGCCCACGCCGUCGCAAUGCAGUGAGGCGGUGGCGGCGCUGAUCAGUAUCGUGGCCCCCCUACCUUUUAGCAUCGAUUUCAGACCGUACUUCACGAUCCACGACCCGGAUUUCCCCCUGCUGAAUGCGCUGCGGGAGGGGGAGAGAAUGCCCCCCAUGGUUCUGGGGGUUACCAAUCUCUUCUUCCUGAAGGCGCUCAGGACGAUGCCGCACGUGGUGGCCGUCGGGAGUGUCCCGGAGGGGGGCAUGGGAUUGGCGGGGAGGACCAGUGGAGGGGGUGCAGGGAGUAUGUCUCCGCACGCCGGAGGUGGAAGAGGUGGAAUUGGCGGGCAAGGCGGGCUGAUGGGCAGGAGCAGAGGGAUGUUUGGCGGCGGCGGGGGAGGAGGGGGGGGGGGAAGGGGAUCUCCCGGAGGAGGGGGCGCACAAAAGCUGGCCAGUCUGCGGCGAUUCUCCCCGACAAACCUGUUCAAGGCGGCAAGAGGGAAGAGGGAGGGGCCCCUUUGUUUGAUGACGGAGCACCGGCAAGAUCUAUGGACUCCGUACUGCCCGACGACGAAGCCAGACACCACUGUGCUGAACAAGUUGGUCGAAAUUGAGCUGUCGUCUCCUCGCCUCGACGAGUCCAUGGCCAUGGUCAAUAACGAGAUGCUUCGUCGGCACUUCGUCGAACUUACCACGAACUUUCUCGCGCCGUUCGGUCCUUACCUGCGCGCCACGACUCCGCCGUCGGGCACCUACCCCUUCGACGAGCCCCCGCCCUUGAUGCCUUUCGAUGCGGGGACCUUCUUGGAGGGUCUGAAAGCCCGGGGACCGGGGAAGUUCUUGGCCAAGCGUAUGCGAGGGAACUGGCUGGAGCUGUACAAAAGGUUUCUCGCGGGCCCAAACUUCAUGCCCUGGUUCCAGAGGCGGCGCAUUGCCGCGGAGCAGGAGCAGCAGCGCAACUGGCGGAGAGCGCGGCUCAAGUCCGACAUCCGUAGCUGUCUCGGCAAUAUGACCGAGGUCGAGAUCGUCGACGCCUUUGCCGUCAUCGAGAGGCAGCUGAUCGCUGAGCUGGCGGCGGCUGAGAGGGCAGGUCUGGUCGGUGGCGCCGACGUUGAGCCGCCUGUCUGUGCGAAGCUCCGCGGAGACCUCUGUGCUCUCUUCCACAGUCUUCCGCCCGAUUCCCAACAAAUGCUGUUGCUUUUCCAUCCUCGUAGGUCGCAAUUGAUCCGCCAGGAGGAGGGGGCGCACAAAGCAGCACUUACUCCUCCGCCUGUUCCUCCCCCUGCGCUCUUGUCCCCCUCCUCCGCGGGACGGCUCUCAGUCUCAGUGGCAGGCGCCUCUUCUGCUCUUCCCUCUCCCUCUGCUGCAGAUCGCGUCGCCUCUGACAGCUCGUCUUCGAUCUGGAGGAGAGUGGGGGUGCUCGUCCAGAGCCGUCGCUAGAAAGGCAGGGAAGCUACCCGUCUUGUUGCAGCCCACAGCCUAGAUGAAGAUGUAGUAAGUGUAUACGAUCGUUAUUCUUUUGUCUACUUAGCUUGCUUGCUGUAUUCUUCUCUCUUCCCUCCCUCCCUCCCUCCCUCCCUCUGCACUCUCCCCCUGCAGCAGUCUGCUUUGCAGCCCCCUUGUCCGCGCUCAUGCUGCCCGAUUACGACUUUGAUCUGGAGGAACACCGGAAAGCUUUUCUUGAAUCAUCCUACUUCCUAUUUGCCAACACACCUCCAUCUCUCUCUCUCUCUCUCUCUCUCUCUCUCUCUUUCUUUUGCUGUGUUCUCUCUCUUGCGUUCGUUUUCCGUGUGUCGAUCUUUCAUGCAUUAUCUCAUUCUCCCGCUCUGCCUGUCGCGGACCCUUUGGUCGAAGGGUGCCAGUUGGAAUCUGUGCGCAAUCACGGAGGGAUCCGAGGCCGUAGGAGAACACACUGAUCCAUUCCUCGCUCAGUCCCCUUUCUCCGUGUGUGUGUUCAAUGCGCUAAGGGAAUGACGGCCGUGACCUGCGUUGUUGCUGGUGUCUGUUAACGACGGCCGGGCGAUGGAUGAACAGCUGAGUACUGUGGAUUCACCUCCUUCUCCUCUUCUCCCUUCUCUUCCCCCCCUUCUUCUCUUCCCCCUUCUCUCAUCCUUCUCUCUCUAUGAUGGGUUGCGGAUGAAUGUGUCUGUCAGUGACGGGCUGAGGAGAGGAGGCAUCUGUGAUCGUAAAGCUUGUGAAGUUUGCAGCGGCACCUAAUAAGAGGAUGGCAGAGAGCACAUGCGACGAAGAGAAGAGAAGAGACAGAUGAACGAGGAGUUGUGGAUGAUGAGAGCGGUCCGAUUGGAUCCACGGUGAGAGGGAGGUAGGUACGAACGCCGCCGUGACGGAGGAGGAAGGACAGGGCGGAGGAGGCGAGCGGGCGGUUUGAGAGGAAGAUUGGGGGGGGGAGGAGAGCGGACGGGAUCGCAGGGCUUUGGGCAUGGUUUCUGCCUUCUGUUAGCGAAAUGUACCUUGCCAUUUCGGGAAUGCUUUCCCCC